AUGGCCGACGGCUCCUCCUCCCUCCCUCCCCGCCGCCUCGCCGAUGAUGAUGACCUAGAGGAGGGCCAAUUCGUCCCCGCCGCCUACCAAUCCUCCUCGGACACCGACGACUACCAGGCCCCUGCUCCUGCCCCUCCGCCGCAGCACGCCCGCCGCCCCCGCCACCUCAGCAUGGGAGACGUCCUGGCUCUGGGCCGAGGCGACGCCCUGCCGUCCCCCACGCCCGCUUCCUCCUGCGAAUCGGACGGGACCAUCAGCGCCGACGGCGUCCCCAGCCCCGCGUCCGUCUUCAGGAUGGAGCCGAAGCGCAAGCGCGUCGUCGUCGCGCUCGAUGGGAGCUGGGCCGCCACCGGCAAGCGGGGCUGGGCAGGGGGCAAACCGGCGGCGGCUGCACCUCUGAAUAAUCCUCAAUCGAGCAACCACUCCAACGUGUCCGGCGACAGCAGCAGCAGCACGCCGCCACCGGAAGCGGCAGCGCAGCUACCCCAACUCGUCGUCCCCCAGCGCGCCGAUCAUCAACCACCACGGCGGGUGUACACCUGCAAGGAGUGCGGCAGGACGUUCACGACGAACCAGGCCCUGGGCGGCCACGCGGCGGGCCACAGGAGCAGGCAGAGGGAGGCCGAGGCGGCGGCCGCGGCCGCCGGGAUGAUGCCCGCGGGCGUGGACGCCGCCGCUUUCCUCGCGGCCCUCCGCCGCUCCCGCAGGGAGGAGGCGCCGCACGAGUGCCGCAAGUGCCACAAGGUGUUCGCCACGGGGGUCGCGCUCGGCGGCCACAUGAGGGUGCACUACACCGGCCCGCCGAUCGUGCCCACCAGGAAGAACAAGAAGAGGUGUCUCGCGCUGGCGCUGCAGCCCGAGGAAGACAUUGCGGCGGCGGCGGCGCCAACGCCACCAGGCCUGUCGCUCGCGCUGUCGAUCAAGGCGGAGGAGGCGCCGCCGUCGUCGCCUGCGCCGGCUGGAGGUGUUAGAGUGGUGCGUCUCUUUGGCAUUGACAUCAGUCCGCAGGUGCAGGCACCAUCGGAGCAACAACAAUGCUCCGGCACGACGACGACGGGGGACUGCUCGUCUGCCGGUGGUCAACAGUAG